CAGGGAGGAAGAAAGAGGGCGACGCGGGCGGGUACAUGUGUCGUCAGUUGGUUGGGAAUAUCAGAAGACAAAGCGUGGAUCAACAGGGCAGCUGUCCAGGGUUCUGGCAUGCUGAUCACAGUGGGAAGGGGUGACCUGGCUACCAAAUAUUCAACAGCGAGUGAACUUCCUAGGCAGGUUUGCAUAGAAGCAAGAAUUGGAAACCACCACUAGCAACUCCACAAUGACGACUUUGGAUGACAAGCUGCUGGGUGAGAAACUCCAGUACUACUACAGUAGCAGUGAGGAUGAAGAUAGCGAGAAGGAAGAGCAAGAUGAGGAGCAGCGCUCCCUCUCUGGCACUGUGCCUGCAGAAGUGGAGCUGAGCAAUGACGGCAGUGCUGUGAACACAGGUCCUAAAGGCGUCAUCAAUGACUGGAGACGGUACAAGCAGCUGGAGACAGAGCAGCAUGAGGAGCAAUGCCGGGAAAUGGAACGGCUCAUCAAGAAGCUUUCCAUGACUUGCAGGUCACACCUGGAUGAGGAAGAAGACAAGCAAAAGCAGAAAGACCUGCAGGAGAAGCUGAAUGGGAAGCUUACUCUGCAGGAGUACAGCAUGUUGGAUGGGAGUGCUGAUGAUGAGGAGUUCCUGCAGCAAUAUCGCAAGCAGCGGAUGGAGGAGAUGAGGCAGCAAGUGCAAAGUGGGCAGCAGUUCAAGCAGGUGUUCGAGAUCCACAGUGGAGAGGCCUUCCUGGACACCAUCGACAAGGGGCACAAGAAUACACUGGUGAUGAUCCACAUCUAUGAGGAUGAUGUCCCUGGGGCUGAGGCUCUCAACGGCUGCAUGAUCUGCUUGGCUGCCGAGUACCCCGCAGUUAAGUUCUGCCGAGUGAGAAGCUCCCUGAUUGGUGCUAGCACUCACUUCACCAACAAUGCAUUGCCAACCCUUCUGGUCUACAAGGGAGGGGAACUGAUUGGCAAUUUUGUGCGCAUCACUGACCAGCUGGGUGAAGACUUCUUUGCGGUGGACUUGGAAGCAUUCCUGCAAGAAUGUGGCCUGCUACCGGAGAAGGACUUGGUGCUCCUCACAUCCAUCUGCCAGGCGUCCUCUUGCUACAGUGAGGACAGUGACUUAGAAAUAGACUGAAGCCAAGCAGGGACUGGGGGGGACCUGCAUCAGGAUUGCAAGCACCCAAGUGUGUUCCAUUCCUAGGUAGUUCACAGAGGGUGGAUAAUUUAUUUCCUACCACCCUAUCCCUAACUGGCAGCCACCCGAGCCCCCAAUCCUGUCCAACAGAACUGCACAUUAGCCACAUUGGGACAUCAUGGCAAACCUUCUCUCAUAUGUGGAGCAUGAUUGAAGUGUUCCUGCUUAGAGAAACCUUGAAUCAAGCUCCAAUUUGCCAGCAUUAAUUUCCACCCCACAAACCAGAAAGUUAAUGCCAACAUAAAAUUCUAGUUUACAUGGCGGAAACAACUCCAAUUAGCCCAGGGGCCUGCAUUUGCUUGUCACCGAAACUGGAGCUUGAUUCAAGGCUUCCCAAACCAGGAGACUUUCAGCUGUGCUUUGCAGGAGCACAGCAAAAAGCUGUGUCCAUGCCGGUUUGUCAUGCUGUCUGAAUGUCAUGCCCUUCUUCCCAUGCCCUCCUUUUUCUUUGGGCCUAUGUCUGCAGUUUCUUGUAUUUAUUGGUGUCUGAGCUCUGACUGCCACAUGUCUUGACUGUCUCAUGUGUGUAGAAUCAUAAGGGAUUGAAUCAGCUAGGGGCUGAGUACCAGCAGCUCCCAGGAGCCUGGGGCGUACGAGCCCUUAGGUGCUGAAUGAUCAGGGAACAGACCACCAGACAGCUUAAUAAAUGGUGACUUCUGAGGCUUAGGUAAUUGUUAAAAUGAUUGUUGUAGCUCUGUUCAGCCGAUUGCUUGUUAAGGACUCUAUUUAUAUCAGGGUUCCGAUCACUACUUGCGUUCUCUAAACCCUUACAAGCUGUGUAAAACGUCACCCAUGAAGAAUGUGUCUCUGCCAUGGAUUUAUCAUUGCAGAUUAACUGUGCUGUUUCUUGCUGAUGCAUUCUGUACUGCACCCUUUUUACAUUCCCCUUACUGUGCAAACUGACUAUUUUGCUGAACACUUUUGCUACCUGUAAAAAAAUUCCUAACAUUUUCUUAAAUUAAUGCAAUAAAAAACAAA